AUGGCAGGACGUGGAGAUGGUGCCGCUGUUUCGGUGGAGGAAUUUCAGGAGUUGCGUACACAAAUGAAUGAUUUGGUGCAGCAGCUCCAAACUCUCCAAUUGAACAUACCACGUCGAGAACCGCCACCAAAUGAGGAUGAUGAUAUUGACGAGGAGGAUGAGCCACCGCGUCGUCCCGCUGGUCGUAGACGUGGCGGGCGUGGUCAUGGUCUUCUUAAUUUUGGUCGUGCUCGGCGCAUUCCUGUUCAAGGUGGACGAGAUUAUGAUGGUGAUGAUGAUAUGUUGUCUGACAUGGAUGAUCAUCGCCAUGGUGCCCAUCGUGGUUAUCGUGACCGCCACCGUCGCCUUGAUGAUGAUGGUUUAAGCAAAGUGAAAGUGUCUAUUCCAAAAUUUAAUGGAAAAGAAAGUGCUGAUGAUUAUUUUGAGUGGGAGACUAAGGUUGAACAGAUCUUUGAUUUGUAUCCUUAUCCUCCUGUCAAGAAAGCAAAGCUUGCUGCAAUUGAGUUUUCAGGCUAUGCAAUCACUUGGUGGAAUCAACUAAAACGUCUUGUGCAAGGUACUCGUACUGUUGAUGAAUAUUUUCAAGAAUUGGAAAUGUGUUUACUUCGUACAGGGAUAACUGAAGAUGAGGAAUCCACAAUGGCUCGAUUUCUGGUUGGCCUCAAUAAGCCCAUUGCUGAUAAAGUGGAUAUGACAAACUACACAUGUCUCACUGAGUUGGUACAUUUUGCAAAAAGGGCAGAACGACAACUUGCUGGAUCUUAUAAAGAUCGUGCUUCAUUUUCAGCUCAUAAUAGUGCUACUUCAUGGCGCCAGUCACAGCAGCACGGGUCAGGGGUGCACACACCUACAUCUCGUGCAACUUCUUCCAAACAUUUUGAUUCCAAAGGCAAAGCUGUAAGCUCUACUCAGUCCAGCUCCUCUGCUACUGCAGCCCCAAGGCAUACAAGCAAGAUUGAGUGUUUUAAGUGUGGUGGUCAUGGGCAUAAGCAAGCUGAAUGUCCCAAUCGUCGUACGAUUAUUGCCCUUGCUGAUGGUUCAUAUGAUUCACAAAGUGAAGAGGAGGACGAGUUUCACAAUGUCUUUGCAGAUCAUACUCUUGACACUUGUGAGUAUUCAGCUGAGGAUGGUACUUUUGAGCUAGGUCUGAAUUGUUUAGCUAUUCAACCUAUUCUAACUUUUGCUCCCAGUGACAUGAUAGAAGAUGUUAUUUCUCCAUAUUCUAAUGAGAUUACUAGUGCUGAUUUUGAUGAGUUGCUUGCUGAUUUUCCUGAUUUGGAGCCUUCUAAAAUGAAUAGAUCAUCUCCUUAUUUGGUGGUUAGAAGAGUUCUUUCCACUCAGUUUGUUGCUGCUGAACAAGGACAACGUCAUAAUUUGUUUCAGUCCCGAUGCAAAGUGAAAGGUCAAGUGUGUCGUUUCAUCAUAGAUGGUGGGAGCUGCAAUAAUAUUGUUAGUGCCUUGCUUGUUGAGAAGCUUGGCCUACCAACACGCCGCCAUCCACACCCUUACCAUAUGCAGUGGCUGAAUAAUUCAGGGACAGUGAAGGUCUCAUCCAUGGUUCGUUUGUCUUUCUCCAUUGGUGACUAUCAUGGUGAGGUUGAUUGUGAUAUUGUACCCAUGCAAGCAUGCCAUUUGCUGUUGGGUCGUCCAUGGCAGUUUGAUGUGGAUUCGGUGCACUUUGGGCGGUCUAACAAGUAUACUUUCAUCCACAACGACAAGAAGGUGGUUCUUGUUCCAUUAUCUCCAGAAGAGAUCUAUGCUUCAGAUGUGGCUCGCAUGAAAAAAGAAGAAUCUGACAAAAGAAAAUUGAGUGAGGCUGCCAACACUAGUAAGGGAGAGACUUCUAACCAAUCUAGCCACAUAAAGCCUCUUUCCACUACAAAACACCACCACCAAAAUGAGUGCUUAUUUGUGAGCAGGAGUGAUUUGAGAGAAGUGAGGAACACCACAGCCCCAUUCUUUGUGCUCUUGCACAAGGAGGUCCUACUUUCAACUAACGAUUUACCUUCAUCGCUGCCUAGUGCUGUUCUUGAUCUCUUACAGGACUUUGAAGAUGUUUUUCCUGAUGAGGUACCAGCUGGCCUUCCUCCACUCCGUGGUAUUGAGCAUCAAAUCGAUUUGGUACCUGGAGCUUCUCUUCCCAAUCGUCCAGCCUACCGUGCUAAUCCUGAAGAAACCAAAGAAAUUCAGCGACAGGUAAAAGAGCUUUUGGACAAAGGGUAUGUUCGUGAAUCUCUAUCACCUUGUGCUGUUCCAGUACUUUUGGUCCCUAAGAAAGAUGGAUCUUGGCGCAUGUGUGUCGAUUGUCGUGCCAUUAAUGCUAUAACUGUACGAUAUCGCCAUCCCAUUCCUAGGCUUGAUGACAUGUUAGAUGAAUUGAGCGGCUCAACUAUUUUCACCAAGAUUGAUUUACGCAGUGGCUAUCACCAAAUUCGCAUGAAAAUUGGUGAUGAUUGGAAGACAACAUUUACAACCAAAUUUGGCUUGUAUGAAUGGCUUGUGAUGCCCUUUGGCUUGACAAAUGCUCCUUCAACUUUUAUGCGCUUAAUGAAUCAUGUUUUACAAGCUUUCAUUGGCAAGUUUGUAGUUGUUUAUUUUGAUGAUAUUCUGAUCUAUAGCAAAUCAUUUGAUGAACAUCUUGAUCAUAUCCAUCAAGUACUUGCUGUUUUGAGGGAAGAGAAAUUGUAUGCCAACAUUGCUAAGUGCACAUUUUGCACAGAUCGUGUUGUUUUUCUUGGUUUUGUUGUGACUGCAGAUGGCAUCCAGGUUGAUGAAGAGAAGGUUAAGGCAAUAAAGGAUUGGCCUACUCCUACAAAUUUGACAAAGAAGGAUGUUCCAUUCAAAUGGGGAGAUGACCAAGAGCAAGCCUUUGUAGAGUUAAAAAGAAAGCUUUGUGAAGCACCACUGCUGCAGCUACCUAACUUCGGUAAGACUUUUGAGAUUGAAUGUGAUGCAAGUGGUAUUGGCAUUGGAGGUGUGCUACUUCAAGAAGGUAAACCUAUUGCCUACUUUUCUGAAAAGUUAAAUGGUCCACAUCUGAAUUAUUCUGUCUAUGAUAAAGAGCUUUAUGCCUUAGUUCGAGUUUUGGAAGUUUGGCAACAUUAUUUGUUACCUAAAGAAUUUGUCAUCCAUUCUGAUCAUGAAGCUUUGAAAUAUUUAAAAAGUCAAGGCAAACUGAAUCGUAGACAUGCUAAAUGGAUCGAGUUCAUAGAAACAUUUCCGUAUGUUGUUAAACAUAAGCGUGUUCUUUUACAGGAAGCACAUGCUGGUGGCUUAGCUGGUCAUUCCACAACAAAUUUUUUUCCAUUUGAAAUUGUUUAUGGUUUUAAGCCACAUACUCCCAUGGAUCUUUUGCCUUUACCAUUACAGGAACAAGUUAACUUGGAUGCAGCGAAGAGAUCCAACUUUAUCAAGAAGCUACAUGAUGAGACAAGAAGAAAUAUUGAGAAGAAAUCAGCACAAUAUGCAAAGCAAGCGAACAAAGGUAAGAAGAAGGUUACAUUUCAGCCCGGUGACCUCGUGUGGUUGCAUCUACGCAAGGAUCGAUUUCCCCAACAACGUAAGAGUAAGUUAUCACCUAGAGGUGAUGGUCCAUUCAAGGUUCUAAAAAAGAUAAAUGAUAAUGCAUACAAAAUUGAGCUGCCACCUGAAUAUUCCAAUGUUAGUCCAACAUUCAAUGUCAAAGACUUGCUUCCAUUUGUUGGUGAGCCUGAGUCGAGGACGACUCCUUCUCAAGAGGGGGAGGCUGAUGAGGACAUCCCUAGCAUUCAUUCAUCUUCAAAUGAAACUCCACUUGAUAUAAGUGGUCCAAUUACAAGAAGUAGAGCUAAACACGCGGCGUCGGACGUCAACCCCGACCAGGCCUCGGAGCAGGGGACGGCCGCUCCUGUUGCCACCGCUGAAGACGCCGCGCCACAGGUCACAGAGCUACCUGCAGCGGCGGCGGGCGCCGAGGACCAAUCUGCCCCGGCAAGUGCUGCGACGAGCACUCAGCCGAGGGAUGAGGAGGCAGCAAGGGUCCCUCCCCCGAGUACUGUUGUAGAGGAGGAGAGCAGAGUCCCAACUCCUCCAGCCGAAGAAGGGAGGGUGUUGACGCCGCCCCGAGCAGGGGCUUCUUCGCCCGUGGGCUCCUCUGGCCUAGGCUAG